CGAAAGAGAAUUGAAGAAUUGUGGUAGAAAAUUUGUUAUUUUUUGUGUGCUGCGCUGUUUUUUAGAAAAUUACUUGGAUUUUGUACAAAAUAUCCAUUUGAAAAUUAUACAUAUAGUUGUAUAAAGAUGUUGUGUAUUGUGUAAAAUAUAAAAAGUGUUAUUAGAUGUACGAUUUAUGCUGAAAUUUUGCAUUUUUCAUGGUCGGUAUAUUGAAGUCGAGAAGUUUUUGCCAAUGAGAAAUUUUUCUAAGGAAGGCAACGAAAAAACCAACGAUUGAGCGUGUGAGUGCAAAAUUUAGUUGAUCGGUAGUCGGCGAAACGUGGUGGUAGUGGAGAACACAAAUUGCAUGAAAGAUGGCGUCGUCGAUGAUAGCUGCAGCAGCGGUUGCGGCGUCGACAUCGGCGUCAUCAGCCGAAGCGGGCGAAAUGAAAAUAGAAGAAGAAGAAGAUGGUUGCAACGAAGAGGGUGAGGAGGAAGCGCUUAAUACCACACUACGUUCCUGUGCCAACGAUCCAGAUUUCGCGGUAAUAUGUGCAUUCCUGCAAAAGUUCGCCAAGGAUUUGGGUAUACCAUUACCGAAUUUCAAGCAUUUGCAAGAGUGGCUUACAAAUACAGAUGAAGUCACCGAUCAGUUGCGUGAUCUACACAUAAAACUUUUACGUAAAACGCGCAAAACCGUGCACGAGAAAAGUUGGGAGUCAGCGCUGAGUAAAUUCUGUUUCACCUAUUCUGCACAGGAUGCAUGGGAGGUAGAACGUUUUGGCUAUAAAAAGUCAAGUUUAAAAGUAAAACUAAGAAUUUUCAGGGAGUUGCUUGAAAGUCAAUUUCAACGGAAUGGCAAGUUUCGUGCACAAAUACUGACAAUGAGUGCUGAUUCAUUACGUUCGCAACCUAUAGGACGUGAUCGUCUGGGGCACACUUACUAUUUUACACAGGAUGCUGAUGGCAAUUUGCGCGUAUAUCAGGAACAUCUAGACGAGGAAAUUUGGCAAGUUGUCGCUACGACACGUGAAGAAUUAGUUAAUCUCAUAUCCCGACUGCGCGGCAAUGAAGUGGUGUUGCCCUCUACGGAUAUUGGUGUUGAUGAAGAUACCAGUAGUAGUAACAGUUGUACAGCUCAAGUGGAAAAACCACCGCCGCCAGAAGAACAAGACGACUCUCAGGAGGAAGAAGCGCGUAUACCAAAUUUGCGUAUAAAAUUAUCAAAUAAUGGUAAAUUAGCCGUAACGUCUCCAAAUAUCACAACACAAACAACAACACCGCUAGCAACAAAACGUUGUCUGGAUGAUGUCGAGAAAAGCUCACCACGUAGUGAAGAAUUAAAUAUAAUCAAAAAAGCGCGUCCUUCACUUUUGGAUGUGAAUCGCGCCAAAAAGCCAAGUAGAUAUGAGAAGACUAAAUCCGAAGAAGAGGAAGAGGGUGAGGAGGAUGACGAAGAUGAAGAGGAUGACGUUGAUGAAGAAGAGUUAUCCAUUGAAGAAGAGGAUAUAGAUAGCGCAGCGGCCGAAGAAGAUGAAAAUGAGGAAAAAGAAAUAGAAGACUCAGAUGGUGACUCUGAUGAAGAGUUGAAUGAAGUUGGUGAAGCCAUUGAAGAACCCACACUUAUAGUACGCGGUGAGGGUGCUGGCGAAGACUGCGAAGGCGUAUACACAAAUAAGCAAUUUUUUCUAAACACAUUUUUUUUUGGCGGCGACGACGACGAAGCUUGCGAUGAACCAUAUCCAGACGCAAUUGUGGGUGAAGUUGUGGAAGAAGCCACCUUUUACAUAUACGGUGAAGGAACUGGUGCUGAAUGCUUAGUUGGUAAUGGCAAAAAUGAUGUUGAGACUGCAGCAACAGCAACAACAACAACCACACCGACGACACCCACAAAAACAAAUGAACCAAAGGCAACAUUUUUCUUUGGUGAACCUGGUUGCCUUAAACUCAGUCCGAUGAAACAACAACAAGCAAUAGAUGAAGGGAAUAAUGGGGAUGAUGAUGCCGAAAAUACUCAGGUUGUUGACGAUACAAGUGAAAUAGUUAAAAAUGCGGCGAAUGAGAAAGCCAGCGAGCAUGUAGAAGUGGAGAAGGUUGCCGAAAAAAUUGCAAAAGAAAGUAGUGAACAAGCAAAUAAUAUAGAUUUAAAGAAAAAGGACGAGGAGAAUAGUACUAAGGACAAGGCACCGCACGAUAACAAAGAUUUAGAGGGGAAAGUGACGGCUAACGGUGACGAUGUCGAGUGUAGCAAAAAUCCUGUAGAAAAGAAUAUAAGUGAAGAGCAGGAAAUAUGUGCUAAAAAUUGUGAAGAAAAAGUGAACGAACCGCAAGAAAAUGUGGCGAUUAAUGAUAAAGCAGAAAAUAAUAUAGAGACAGAAGAAAAGCUGGCAGUGAAUAAAGAAGAGCAUAUCGAAAAUAGUGUUAACGAAAAUAAAGCUGAGGAUCAGAAAACUGGAAACGGCCUUGAAGCUGCUGAGAAGCAGGAGGAAAAAAGCGAUUUAGAGGAAAAUAAUUUAACCGACAAACCGGAUGUAAAUAAAGACGUUGAGGUUAAAGCAAAUGUAGAAAUUAUACAAAGUGAAAAUACCGUUACAACUAAUGUUAAUGAGGCCAAAACGGCUGAAAUUCCUAGCAAUGACGAAGAUAAAGAUAUCGUACUACCAAAGUCCACAACAACAGCGGAAAAUAACGAAAUUAAAAACACAACCGUAAAUGUUAUUGCCCAACCAGUAGAUACUAAAGUUAACGCCAAUACCGAGUUAGUAAUAGAAAAUAAGAAUUGUGAACCGAAAGUAACUGUUGAAAUCGAACAAACUAAAACUGAAGAGCCGUCUACUGAAACAGACGCUCCACCGGUAAGCGAUAUCAGCGAGCAAGUCGAAACUAAAACCUUGCCAACAACAAAUAUUAAAUGCGAAAACUCAAAAACUGAUUUGGAAAAUACUAAACCAAACAUUUCAACCGCCGCUACACAAUUAAUCGGCAAUGACGUCACUAAUGUUGUGCCGGUCACUAAUGUCGUACCGAUCACUAAUGUCGUACCGAUCGCUAACACUUGUGCCAGCACCACCGCCACCUCCACCCCACAUACUACCACUAUCAAUCGCAAACGACGUCUUGAGGAUAUGCCAGCACCUGCUACACACCGUUUAUCGACAUCAGAGAGUGAAGUGGAUAUACUGCAUUCGGAGCUACCGGAUGAGCUCGCCACAGAAGAUGAUAUCGAUGAUCCAGCAGAUGUAGGUGGUAAGCGCAUAAAAAUGCGUCCGAAAAUAACACAUACCGAUCUCCGCAAGAAGGUGGAAGCACAAAAAGGAUGCGUUGAGGAGACAACCUCUUCGAGUGGUGAAGAGGAUGCGCGACGUAGGCGUAAAAUCAUUACGCCACGUCGACAAAUUGAACGUUGUGUGAAAAAUCUUAAAGUAGCACAAGAAGCGGCCGCUAAACGUGAGUGUAAUCAAACGCAAACAGCAAAGCAUGCCGAAAGUAACAUUUCAGUGGUUGAAGAGAAGAGUGUGGCGCUGAAUUUGACCAGUCCAACAACAACGUUAGCAUUUCCGCCAGCUUUUCCCGCUGUAACAACAACAACAACAGUGCUACCAUUUGUAAGCGCAGCGAAACCGGUGGUACCACCAAUGCCACCAUCAGCACCAACAUUACCGCUAACAUCGGUACACGCAACACCAACACCAACCACUACAACGGGCCGACAAAAGCCGACGCUUGCCGAAAUCAUCGAGAAGAAACUGAAAAAGUCUAGCGAAAAAGCAACAGCAAUAACAACAGUAAAAGUGGAAACAGCGCUUUCAACAACAGCCAACACAACAAUUGCCGUUGCAGCAACAACAACAAACGCUAACGAUACGAAUUCGCCGUUUGCCACAUUUUCGCCACCAAAAAAGUCACCAAUAACCAAACCGUUGAAAAAGAAUUUACUCACACAAUUACGACAGGAGGAGAGCGAUGAGGACUCCAUACCACGCAAACGUACCAUCAGCGAUGCAGGCGCAACUGCAGCCGUCACAGAAACGGUGAAAAAGUUGGAAACACAACCUAGCAGCGAGGAUAAAGAGCUGAUACCAGAACGGAAGACACUCGAACGCAAAACACCCGAACGUAAGACACCCGAGCGCAAGACACUCGAACGCAAGCCACUCGAACGCAAGCCACUCGAACGCAAGCCACUCGAACGCAAGACACCCGAACGCAAAACGCCCGAACGCAAAGUAAACGAACCAUUGUUCACUGAACGAGCAAGUGUGCCACGUAAAACCCCAGAUCGUAAAACACCGGAGCGGCAACGCAAGCGCCGCAGUAGUGAGGAAGUGAAGGUAACUGGAGCGAAUGAGUCCGAGAGUAACAAGGAAAUGAAAUAUGAGACGUUGGUGGAGCAGGAAACCAAACCGACGGAGCUCGUGGUGAAGAAAGAAAAGAGCCCAUCACCUGCUGCAGAGGUGGCCAUUGUUGGGCGACGCUCAAGUAGACGCAGUGCUGCGACGGUCAUUUAUGCCGAAUUGCCGCAACCGAAGCGUACGCGAGGUGGCGCGAAGGCAACAACUCCCGUGGCAACACCCAAAAAGACAAACAUAAAGGAAGAGAAGAAGAGUGAGGCGGCCAAAGAGACGGUCAAGGCUGUGGUGGUGGAGUCUGUUAGUGCGAACGAUAGAAAGGCGAGGUCUUCCAGCAGUGGUAUUGCUGCCGAAAAUACAAUUAACGAAACUAUUGUAACAACAACUUCUAAGGAACCAGCUGCUCCAGCUAAGAAAGCAGCUAGUAGCACACCCACAGCCAAGGAAAGUUGUAAGGAAGUGAAAGCUAAAGCUAAGCCAACGCCGAAAGUUUUAAAGGCUACAAAGAAGGAUGCUAAAAAGGAGUCAGCAAGUAUUGUUAACGAAGAGCCGAAGUCCAAGCCGGAAAAAAAGGGCGCCACAACUAGUGCUUCCAGUGUAAAGAACGCUAGCACGACAGCAACUUCAACCACAACCACGCCGGAAAAAAUAGAAAAAACGCCGUCAGUCAAGUCCACACCCUCCCCUUCACCCAUCAAAACAACAAUGGCAGAAAAGAACACGACUGAAAGCACGCCGGCUGCUGCACGUGGACGUGGGCCUCGCAAGCAACGUGAAGUGGAUGCCACUAAUAUCAUAGAUACUAUCGACUCUGAGACGCCGGUGCGUCAAUCGCGACGCAUCGCACAGCAGAAAAUACGUGAGGAGGCUGAACGCCGCAAACUGGAAGAGAUAGCAUUGCGUACCAUGAAGCAGGAAUUGAAGAAGAAAAAGAAGGCCGAAAAACAGACAGAUCCCACAGUAGCAGAGCCGUCAGAACCAUCGUCGUCCGAAGAAAGCGAGGUGGAGUUGAAGAAAAAGGCGAAAAAGAAGUGUCCCGGCAAAGAUGGUUGGUCUUCGGGUUCGGAGGAGCAAGAAGAACCGGAGGAAGAAGAUGAACCGCCGCAGUAUAGCGAUCCAGGUUCGCCGCUCUUCCGUUCAGAUCACGAAUUCUCACCGGAAUCCGAUUUAGAAGACGAAACGCAAGUGGUACCUAUGAAACGUGCGCGAACCGCGCGCAAAGAAGACGCCGAGGAGGGUGAAGAUGGCGAUGAGGAAGCCUGUCAAAAAUGUGGUAAAUCUGAUCAUCCCGAAUGGAUACUAUUGUGCGAUAACUGUGACAAGGGUUAUCAUUGUUCUUGUCUAUCGCCUGUGUUGUUCUAUAUACCCGAAGGCGAUUGGUAUUGUCCGCCUUGCCAGCAAGAACAGCUGAUUGCCGCUUUGGAGAAACAGCUAAAUGAUUUCGAUGAAUUUGUUGAGCUGAAGCGUUUGCAGGAGGUGGAGAAUAAACGGCUGGCCGCCGAAGCAGAACGCGCCGAGCAGGUGCGGCUUGAGAAUGAGAAACAGCAGCAGAAGGAACUAAAAGAGCGUAAAAGGCAUAAGAAGAAGAGUAAACGACGUGGUGAAAACGGUAAGGAGGGUGAGGAUGAUGAAGACGAAAGUGGCAGUAGUGGCAGUACCGAUGACGGUAAAAGCGAGGAGCGUAACAAAAAACGCAGUGCUAGUCAGAGUGAUGAUAGCGAUGAUGAUAAACCGUUGGUGAAGAAAGGCACCAGCAGUCGUAAAUCACGCACCGAAAACUAUCGUGACAGUCACAAGCGACGACGUGGUGAUGGGCGCAGCCGUCGACGCGCAGCCGCACGUGGUAUCGCUAGCCGACGUCGUCAACGCAAUGACUCGGAUAGUGGCACCGGCAGUGGCUCACAUAGGUCGGGCAGCGAUAGCGGUGGUUCGCGCAGCGGUUCGGGUUCUUCGUCAUCAUCCUCGUUAACCGACAGUGAUGACGAGCCAAUUUAUAAGCUGCGCAAGCGACGACAAAUCAAUGUCAGUUAUCGGCUAAACGAAUACGAUGACCUUAUCAACUCGGCGUUAAAGAAAGAAAUGGAUGAGUUAGCGGGUGCCGGCAACUUGGGACGCGGUAAAGACAUCUCCACUAUAAUGGAGGCUGAUAAAGAGGAAAAGGCACGUCAGCGACAAAUGGAGAAGGACGAAACCGUGGUUAAAGAUGAGAAAGAUGCAAUUAAAACGGAAGAGCAAGAUACAGAAAAUGAAAACGAGAAAGAUAAGGAAAAACAAACAAAUGAGGAUGGCAAAUCGAAGUCAGACGACGGCGAUGACUCAGACGAAGUGCUGAAACGUAAGGCGAAGCCGAAGAGUUCUAUCAAAAAGAAGUCACGCAAAUUGACCACCUUGGAUAUUAGCUCCGAGGAGGACAAUGCGUCCGACGAAGAUUUUAAAACCUCUUCAUUCGACGAUGAUGAAGAAGAAGAUACUUCCAUUUCUGUUUCGACCGAUAGCGAUUCGAGCUUGGAGGUAUUUCGACGACGUGGCAAGAAAAAUAAAAAACAACGGAAGGCCGCGCGACGUGCAAUUCGUGAGCGGCGCAAAGAUCGUCGCUUCGUUGUGGACGAGAGUGAUGAUGACGAAGAGGAGGAAGAUCGUCCAAAGUCGAAAAAAAAGAAAAGUGACGAAUGGGAUUGCUCUGAGUCGGAGACGGACUCCGAGGCUUCCGAAAAUCUCGAAGACGUUGAUAGCGCUGACUUGUGCGAUGAUACGACAAGCGAAUCUGACGGCGCCUGGUAUCCGUCGAAGCGUAAGAAGCAACGUAAAGGUAAUAGCACAAACGUGGCACGCAAGUCACCGAAACUGAAGAAGCAACCGGUUAAGAAAGUCAAACGCGUUGAGUAUUCCGACGAUGAUGUUAGCGAAAGUGAAGAGGAGGAAGAGGACGAUGAUGAUGACAUUACUGGGGGCAAGGGUUCGGGCAAACAGCCGCGUUCGCAACCACUCAAAUCCAGUAACUCUACGAAGGGCAAAGGCAAGGGUAAAGGUAAAGGCAAGACGACAGCAUCGAAGAAGAAGAAGAAACAGUCUGAAGAUGAGGAUAGCUUUUCGGAUAGUGAAGACAGCACACGACGCACACGUGGACGCCGCUAUGCAUACUUGGAAGACUUCGACGAUGAGAGCUCGGACGGCGGCAUAAAACCAGGUGUGAAACGUCCAGAUACACCGCCCGAAGAGCGCCAGAAAUUCAUACAGCGUCAAGAGGAAAUCAAACGUAUGUUGGCCGAAAAGAAUGCUGAGGGUGCAAAGUUGGCCGCAACACCGCGUCUCACGCCGAUCAAAGCGGAUGGCGACAAAGACAAGCGUUCACCGGCCAAGCUGAGUGAUUCGUUGUCGACAGUGCCAUUGUCAGUGAUACGACAAGCCAAGGCAUUGGAUGCGGAAUAUCUGCAGCGUAAAGGCGAAAGUGUCGGCGAUUCGGAUAAUGUCGAUGAGGUGGAUGAAUUCGACGAUGCCGAUUUGCCGGACGAUUUCCCCGAGGACAUGGAUGAGGAUACCAUAGCACGUAUGGUGGAAGAGGAGGAGGAAUUGAGUGCAGCUGCGGCCGCACGUGACUUACCGCCAGCUGACGAAGUGUUGCGCACACCGACGAAGCAAACGAACAAAUCCAAAGAAACGCCAGUGGUAUCAAGCGCGCCUCCAGCUGUUGCGCCAACACCACAUGCCAAUCUACCUACCAAUACUUCCAGUGUCGUUAUAACUGCAUCUGGUGGUCUAGAGAAAACCUCACUGAUAAACCCAGCCUUAGCCGCGCUCGCACAAAUGCCAGGCGCUAGCUCAGCUGCUGGCGCACAUCACAUGUCGUCACCAUUGGCGUCCGGCUUACAGGAACCAAUGCGCAAACGCUUACCGAUGCCCACGUUGCAUCCACCACUGCUACGUCAUCAAUUUCCACCACAUGGUGCGAACAUGCCACUCGCUCAUCUGCUACAGCGUCAUCCUUCAGCGCAACCACCCACACAUCUGCUACAGAGCGCGCUUAACGCGCCGCUUGGUCAACCACUCAACCGCAGCAGUUUUCCGCCACAACAUUUACCGCGUCUACCGGCGGGCAUGACAGUGGAGCAGAUGUUGGCCGCGCAACAUCUUAUGACUGCUGCUGCGGCACGUCACAAUCUCCCGCCCACAACGCAACCAUUGCCGGGCGCGCCUGCUGCACGUGAUGUGCUUGCGACAAGCGGCAGCGCUGGGAGUGGUCCCCCCGCUGCCAGCGCGAGUGCUAGUAGUGCGCCGCCGGCGCCUACAGCCGGUGUCAAUAAGGCCGAAACAGAGCCUAAACCGCGCGGUAGACGGAAAAAGAUUACACCGCUACGGGAUACAUUGCAAAAACAGCAAACCGCCGCUGCUGUCACAGCAGCAACAACACAAUCGGAUAAAACAACUGAACCGACCGCUAGUAAUGGCGCUGGUGGUAGCGGUAGCGUUAUAAAGUCGGCAUUAUCUGCCUCAGCCAACGCGCUGCCGCCACAGCUAUACAAGCAACAAGAAGGGCCUAGCGUCAGCAGUGCCGCUACAGUCUCACAAGCAUCAGUAAUUACGCGUAUGCCACAGCUACCUGUGGCCGCCGCGCAUGCAAGUGUCGUGCGCGCUAUGAGCAAUUUAUAUCCUGGCGCAGAUGUUGCCCGCUUCUUUGCGCCGCCUACAUCCCUAGCUGCAGUAACUGGCAAUCGACCACCGCCUUCCAUGCCACGCCAUCGUGAUGGUCCCGGUAUGCCGGGUCUGCCGCCACAUGGUAUGCGUCAAAGUUAUGGGCCACCGCCACCAUUGCGUGGCAGCGCCUCGUCUUUAACAAACCAUGGCCCACCGUUGCAGGGUGGUGUCGGCGAACGUCCGACAUAUCCAGCGCCGGGUGAUCACCAUGUGCCGGGCGGCAUGGGUGCCAGCAUGUAUGGCGGUCCGCCACCGCCAGCGCGUCAUUCUACGUCACAUUUAAAUCCAUAUCGGCCUCCCAUAUACGGUAACCCAAGCUUUGUGCCACGCGGACCGCAUGUGCCGAAUCUACGCGUUCCAGUUAGUGGCGCACCGGAGUUCGCAAGUGGCCCACGUACUUAUUCACCGUAUGGUUAUUAUCCACCCCCUCCACCACUUACCACACCACAUGGGCCACCAAUGCAGCGACCGCCUACAUCCACGCCAUCAUCACGCGGCGGUGGUUGCCCGCCACCAACAACAGCGGUAACUAUUUCAGUGCCACCCGUACCGCCAACAAUAGUAUCCGCAGCAAUCAGCGCAGCAGCAAUCACAACAACACCAAUAGCUACCACAAAAGCAAGCAUACCAGCAAGCGCAAUAAUAACAACCAUAGCGAAACCAAGCUCAGUCAUCGUAGCAGCGCCACCAUCCAGCGCCAGCGCCAACCUAAACAAAAGUAAUAUUGUACAAAAAUCAUCAUCAAUACCAACACCAACCAUAAUACAAACGCCAACACCAACAUCCAUACAAACAACCACACCACAAACUACAACACCCGCUGCAAUACCAACGCGUGCAAUAGUGACUGAAGCCGCUGUGAGCGCACCCGUCGCCACCAUAGUCAACAGAAAAGGGCCAAUUGUAACGGCAACGGUAGCAGCAGCAAGCAUUGUCAAUGAACCACAAGCGCCGCCUCGCAAAAAACUCACCACACUGGAAACCUACGCGGUGGCACACACCAAAUCACCACUCGUCAUAGCGGGUGAGUCGUCGGGUUCGCGCAGUUCACCGGGCGGCAUACAAACCGAGGUGGCUGAUGACUCCUCAUCAGCGCAGGGUACAACCACGACCGCGGUGGCCGCGGACAGCGGUGAGGGACAAGCGAGCGAAUUUAGCGGGCUUGUCAGUUACUUUAGCUCACAGCACGAUGACUACAACACAUAACAACACACGCGCAAGAACAUUGUUAACGCGUUGUUGCGCGGCUUUUAGAAAGCAACACGAGUGAACGAGUGUGCGGUCGGCAAGCACACACACACACAUAAGCGUGCGCGUGUGAUAAGUUGUAGAUAAUUAAUUAUAUGUAUGCGCGCCCGUUAGCAAAUAUUAAUAUUUUCUGUAUUCGAAUUUGUGUAUGUGUUAGGUGUAUUUGAUUUAUUCAAUUUUUUUUUUUUUUUUUAAACCUUUUUUGUGCAACAUUUAAUACAAUGUUGGCAUAACGCAGGCUCGUUUUGGCAAACGGGCGGCAAAAACGCCACAAAGUCAAAGCUCUUGGGUGGGUGUUGCAUUGGUUGAAGUCUAGUGUUGCAUACUUUUAGUAAAUACAUAUAUACACAGGCGCACUGCACGCGCUAAAUACUUGCUAAUUGUGUUUAUUAAAUGUUUAGGCCACUUAUUGGAAAUUUAAUAUUGAACAAUUAGCUCCUCGGUACAUCACCACAGUAAAAAUAAAAUAAAAAAAAAUUAAAAAUAUAUAUAUUUAAAAAUAUUGUUUUCAAAAAAACAAAGAAAUAUUUGAAAGAAAUGUUUAAACAAAUAGUUUAAAAAAAAAUCGUAAAACAGUAUUUAAAAAAAAACAUGGAACAAUUUUUUCAAAAAAAAAAAACAUUGAAAAUAUAUUUUCAAGAAAAAAAAAAUAUAUAUUGAAAAUAUAUUUUCAAAAAAAGAUUUUUUUCGGCAAAAAUAUAUAUUGAAAAUAUAUUUUCAAAAAAGAUAUUGAAAAUAUAUUUUCGAAAAAAGAUAUUAGAAAUAUAUUUUCAAUAAAAAGAUAUUGGAAAUAUAUGUAUGUGCAAAAAAAAAUUUGGGAAUAUAUGUAUUUAAAAAAAAAUAUUUGGAAAUAUAUUUUCAAAAAAAAAUUUAGAAAUAAAAAUAUUUGCCAAAAAAAAUUUUGAAAACAAAUAUUUAAAAAAAAAAAAUAUUUUCCAAAAAUAUUAAAAUAAAAAAUUAAUGCUAGUUAAUUAAACUACUGUAUAUUUAGCUUUAGCGUUAGACUCACUCACACAAAACCACAACAAUUGAAAUCAACGGUAUAGCAUAUACUACACACAUAUUAUAUGUAUGUAAAUAUAUAUAAAAGGGGGUUUUCUAUAAAUUACACUACACACGCUCAGUUGGCAGGCGCUUAAGUCAUAAUGAAACAAAUUAAAAAUCGUUAAUUUUGAAACUCACACUCAAGUAGUCGCCAUUUUCGCCUUUUUAGUUAUGUUAUAGAAAUUAUUAAUUAGCACUGCAGCAACUUAAUUUUUAUUUAUUUUUUUGUUCGCCUACUUUUAUUUAUAAAUUAAAUUAUUUAAUUGAAAUUGCACAUUUUAAACACAGCACACAUGCAUACAUAUACAUACUUAUGUACAUUCAUAUAUACGUACAUAUGUACAUUCAUAUAUAUAAAUAUAUGUUACUGUAACUAUUAUAAAUAUUUAUAUUUAUAUGUAUUUAGUCUACGUGCACGCUUUUUAUUUUUGUAUUCUACUUUAAGCACCACAUACCCACACACACACACACUAUGCAAUUUACUUGUUUGUACGUAUUUACAGUUAAGUGUAUGUAUGCCCACAUGUGCUUUGUACUUUUUAUGCUAAAUUAAUUAUAAUUAUUUAAACAUAUUUUUUAUUAUUAUUAAUUACAAACAUAAGCACAUACAUGCAUAUGUACAUAUUAUAGAAUUAGUUAUAUACAUACAUAUACAUAAAGUAAAUACUAAGCUUGCGCUCAGAGUGUUUCCAAUUUGAGCGCAAAGUGGCAGCAAGUGCGCGCAAAUAUUUUAUUAUGAACCUAUAAUAAUUUAAAUGAAAUGUAAAGGCGUUAUUUUCGAACACAUAACUGCUUAUAUACACGCAUACAUACAUAUGUAUGUACGGUUUAUGUAUACGUGCUUGUAUGUUGCUUACAAAAACAAAAAACUCAAAAACAAGUAAAAUUACUUCUACUAGUUUUAAUUCUUAUAAUAAAAAAAAAUUUAAAAAAAUAUUGUCAAAACACUUGCGCCUCUCUCCCGCGCCUGUGUGGCCGCGCAAUACUAUCAAUAAAAUAAAAGAUCGAAAAAAAGUAA